AUAAGGAGUGUGUUGCAAUUUAUAUGAACAUUUGAUCUCGAAAUAAAGAGAUAGAUAUACGUGAUGGCAAGUGAGCACAUAAGUUCCAAAGUUCAGAGAUGGUCUCUUGCUGGAAAGACUGCUCUUGUUACUGGUGGUACCAGAGGCAUCGGGUGUGCCAUAGUGGAGGAGCUAGCAGAGUUUGGUGCAGAAAUAUAUACAUGUUCAAGAAACCAAACAGAGCUUAAUGAAAAGUUGCAAGAAUGGAGAGGCAAGGGCUACAAAGUAAGUGGUUCAGUUUGUGAUUUGUCUUCAAGACAACAGAGACAAGAGCUUAUGGAGUCUGUAUCUUCUACUUUUGAUGGCAAGCUCAAUAUCCUUAUAAACAAUGCCGCGGCAUUAACAAUGAAACGAGCUAAUGAUCACGAAGCUGAAGAUAUCUCAAAUACAAUGGCAACAAACUUUGAAUCCCCUUAUCAUUUGUGCCAGCUCGCGCACCCGCUCUUAAAGGCAUCCGGGAAUGGAUGUAUUGUGUUCAUUUCAUCAAUAGCUGGUGUUGUGGCGCUGCCUGCACUUUCAGUCUAUGCGGCAUCUAAAGCUGCAAUCAACCAACUUACCAAGAAUUUGGCAUGUGAAUGGGCAAAUGACAAAAUUCGUGUCAACACCGUUGCACCUUAUGGAGUCAGAACAACAAUGCAGCCGCAGGAAGAACUUGAUAAAUCAGUUACAGACACGCUGGUGUCGUUGAUGAGUAGAAUUCCUCUUCAUAUGAUAGCAGAACCUAAUGAAAUUUCCUCUGUGGCGACGUUCCUAUGCCUUCCUGCGGCUUCAUAUGUCACUGGGCAGGUUAUUGUGGUUGAUGGUGGAUACACAGCUGGUGGUUUUAAACUCGGCUGAUCUUUACGAUUUGAAAUCUUGAAGCAGCAUAUUGCUCUUAUUGUUACUGCUUGCAAGUGUUAUCUAGAAAUGACUAGCUUUUGUUUCUUCUUUAUAUGUGCUUAUGUACAAGACUAUAAAUGUUUGCACUUGUGGCUCACUUUGCAAAUCUUCAGAGAUUAUAAAAAGUUUCCUAUUUCUCUUCUUA